AUGACGAUCAAGUCUGUGGCCCAAGCAAUUCCAACCUAUGUGAUGGGAAUUUUCAAGGUCCCGGCCGCUCUGUCUGAGGAUCUUACCAAGCUUGUGCGGGAUUUUUGGUGGGGAGUAGAACAUGGGAAGCGCAAAGCCCAGUGGAUUGGAUGGCCGAAGUUAAUCCGGACGAAGCAUGAAGGUGGAUUAGGGUUCCGGGACAUGCGCAUUUUUAAUCAGGCGCUCCUCGCCCGCCAGGCGUGGCGCUUGCUUCAGUUCCCGAAAAGGCUCCGUGCCCGCACCCUCAAGGCAAAAUACUACCCGAACGACAGUCUCAUUGAUAUUGUGUUCACAGGCAAUCCUUCGUCAACAUGGACUGCUAUCUCGUUUGGGCUGGAGUUGCUUGAGCGUGGGAUUGUGUGGAGAGUCGGCGACGGCAAGCAGAUCCAUAUAUAUUUGGCGAGAUAA